AUAGACGUAUAUUGCGACGACGUUAUCAUUGGAAGCUGUAAAUUCGGCACCUCUAGCGGCCACCUUGCCUACCUAUACGUCGUCUUCGAGGCGUUACGUAAGUAUAAUAUCUCUAUCAGUCCUGACAAGUCAUUUAUCGCGUUUCCCAGUGCUACAGUGCUCGGCCAAAUGGUCAAUAGCAUAGGCAUGUCCACUAUAGCCGAAAGACUAGUAGCGAUUACUACCUUGCAAUUCCUAUAUACCCUUAAGGACCUCGAGUACUUUAUUGGCGCUACCGGCUUUAUAUAA